AUGAAAACAGGUGUCACAGUCUAUGUGGCUAGCAGUGUUGGGGCUCACUACCAUGGCAACGUACGUGGAGAGGAUAAUAAAGAGAUGAGAUGUGGGCAGGCGGAGGGAGGAGUGCGGUUUUCUUCCCCAUCCCCUCUUUCAAACCCUUGCAGAGAAGAAUUCGCAGUUUGGAUUGAUCAUCGGGAAAGGAAAACCCUAAGAAUCGACGGAGCUAGGUUUUUUUCUCACUUGAUAUGGAGGGAUCAGGUGAAAAUUGCAGAACAUGCUUUAACAAGGCACAAAGUUGCCAUAAAAAUCCUCAAUCGACGCAAGAUAAAAAACAUGGAUAUGGAAGAAAAAGUUAGAAGAGAGAUCAAGAUCUUAAGAUUGUUCAUGCAUCCACAUAUCAUCCGUCUUUAUGAGGUUAUAGAAACACCCUCAGAUAUUUAUGUUGUUAUGGAGUAUGUGAAAUCGGGUGAGCUUUUUGAUUACAUUGUGGAAAAGGGAAGGUUACAAGAAGAUGAAGGGAGGAAUUUCUUUCAACAGAUAAUAUCAGGUGUUGAAUAUUGCCAUAGGAACAUGGUUGUUCAUAGAGAUCUUAAACCUGAAAACCUUUUGUUAGAUUCAAAAUGCAAUGUGAAAAUUGCUGAUUUUGGUUUAAGUAAUAUCAUGCGUGAUGGACAUUUUCUUAAAACGAGUUGUGGAAGCCCAAAUUAUGCUGCUCCUGAGGUUAUAUCUGGGAAGCUGUAUGCUGGACCUGAAGUUGAUGUGUGGAGUUGUGGUGUUAUUUUGUAUGCUCUUUUAUGUGGGACCCUUCCUUUUGAUGAUGAAAAUAUUCCUAACCUCUUCAAGAAAAUUAAGGGUGGAAUAUAUACCCUACCUAGUCACUUAUCACCUGGAGCAAGAGAUUUAAUUCCAAGAAUGCUUGUGGUGGACCCCAUGAAGCGAAUAACUAUUCCUGAAAUCCGUAUACACCCGUGGUUCCAAGCCCAUCUCCCACGUUAUCUGGCGGUCCCACCACCCGAUUCCAUGCAACAAGCGAAAAAGACGGAUGAAGACAUUCUUAUGGAGGUGGUUAAGAUGGGGUUUGAUCGCGAUACCCUCAUUGAAUCUCUUCGCAACCGAGUGCAAAAUGAGGGUACAGUGGCGUAUUAUUUGCUUUUGGACAAUAGGUUUCGUAACUCGAGUGGCUAUCUUGGAGCUGAAUUUCAAAAACCCUUGGAUGGAUUCAACCGCAUGAGUUCAAACGAAGCUCCUACUUCUCCAAUUAUGGCACAACGCCCAUCUGCUUACAUGGAAUAUCAAGGAAUGAAUAUCAGAAACCAAGUCGAAAGAAAAUGGGCUCUUGGACUUCAGUCUCGAGCACAUCCUCGUGAGAUAAUGACAGAGGUUCUGAAAGCUUUGCAAGAGCUGAACGUGUGUUGGAAAAAAAUAGGUCAUUACAAUAUGAAAUGUAGGUGGGUCCCGGGUGUGCCAGGUCAUCAUCAAGGCAUGGUGAAUGAUUCUAUUUCCAUGCAAAGUAAUCAUAAUUAUUUUGGAGAUGAGUUGACUAUUGUUGAAAAUGAUGGUGCCUUGACUUCCCCUAAUGUCGUCAAAUUCGAAGUCCAGCUUUACAAAACUCGCGAGGACAAAUAUCUGCUUGAUCUACAACGAAUCCAGGGCCCACAGUUUCUAUUCCUGGAUCUUUGUGCUGCGUUUCUUGCUCAGCUUCGUGUGCUGUAAACCUGUAAAACCCUAAAAAAUAAAUAUGAAGGAACACAACACAACACAACUACCUG